AUGAGAAUCAACUCUAAUACCGUGGUUCUGGGUGAGAAAGUGUCGCUUGUUCCUUACAAAACAGCACACGUACAGCGCUACCACGCGUGGAUGGCUAGCGAAGAAAUGCGCACGCUGACAGCAUCCGAGCCGCUAUCUCUAGAUGGCGAGUAUGCAAUGCAGCGCAGCUGGCACAUAGACGACGACAAGCUGGCGUUUAUAGUUGUGGAUAGUAGUGUGGGUGACUACGACACACUGCCAGGUGAAGAGCGAGAAAGACAUGGGAAGCCAAUUGGCGAUGUGAAUAUAUUUCUCAACAUGGGCGAUGAUGAUGUUCCUCUCGCUGAAUGUGAAGUGAUGAUCGCCGACAAAAACUACAGGGGUAAGGGGAUAGGACGCGAAGCUAUGAUGCUUAUGCUUAGCUACUACAAGCACCAUGUAGACGAACACAAUGAGCGCAUUUUAUCUGUCAAAAUAUCCUACAAAAAUAUACCAUCUUACUCCCUUUUCAGGAACUUGUUUUUUGCAGAGCAUAAGCAUGUAGAUAUUUUUGAGGAGGUCGAGUUAAGACAUUGUUCAUACGUAGCGGAGCCAAUCAGUUUAAUAAAUUAUGCAUAA